CUCCAAGCAGGUCGGACUUAAUCGAGCUCCAAGCAUGGCGUCCAAAUUCCCUCCCGUGCAAGGGGGAGGCUCCCUAAUAGUCGCUUGGCAAACCAAGUCGAAACAUAUCCUGGUGGUUGGCGGUGGAGAGGUGGCUGCAGGUCGUAUCCUGCACGCCCUCAACGCCGACGCCAACGUAACCGUGGUCUGCCCGGUAUCCGGGCUGAACGAGGAAGUGGCCUUCCGGGUCGCCGAGGGCCAGGUCACCCACGUCGAUAGGAAUUUCGAGCCCGCCGAUCUGGACGGAGCCGACAUGGUUCUUUGCGCCAUCGACGACCCGGAGGCCUCCACGCAGGUCUGGAAGCUGUGCAAGGAGAAGCGCAUCCCCGCGAACAUCGCCGAUGUGCCGCCGGAGUGUGAUUUCUACUUCGGGAGCGUAUACCGGGAUGGGCCGUUGCAGGUCAUGGUCAGCACCAAUGGGAAUGGACCCAAGUUGGCAAGUAUCGUCCGGAAGAAGAUCGCGAGCACCUUGCCGGAUAACAUGGGCGCAGCGAUAGACAACGUGGGCCGGCUGCGGAAGAAGCUGAGGGAGAUAGCCCCGAGGACGGAGGAAGGACCUAAGAGGAUGAAGUGGAUGUCGGGGGUGUGCGAGUCGUGGAGCCUGGACGACCUUGUGGAGAUGAACGACGCCGAUAUGGAGGGUCUGUUGGCCCACUACGAAUCCGGGAAGAUCCCAGCCUUGAACGAGGUCCGAGCCUCGCAGUAGACCUCGUAGCAUUUUGUUCACCCUUCAAUGGACGCCCUCGACAGCUGAUGGCCCGUCUUGGGGAAUCAUUACGAAUGAUGGGUCAGUGAUCGAACGGGUAACGAGAAGAAACGUGCGACGCUCGCAUAACGAUGUUAUUUUGUACAUAUAAAAAACCCGCUUGCAAGUAAAUGAAGAGCCUGAAGUAAAAU